UCAUCGAACGAUGCCGACGCCGAAGCGCGCUCGCGCGACGAUUGGAUCGUCGUCGGGUGCGAUUCCGACGCCCACGGCGCGCUGUGCGUGAUCUCGGGCGCGUCCGUGGGCUCGGUGCGAAGCGUGAACGUUCGGGACAAUCCCACGAGCACGGUGACGGUGAACGGACGCGCGCGACUGCGACUGGACCCGGACGCCAUGCGCGGCGCGGUGCGCGCGCUGGGCGUGCCCAAAGGCACGAGGGUGUAUUUGGAAGAGGGCGGGGUCGAGUUCGGGUUCAGCGCGCAGACGGCGUUCGUGCAAGGGUAUAAUUUCGGGCUGUGGCGAGGCGUGCUCGCGGCGGAGGAAUUCGAAGUGCGCGUGGUGAAGCCGCAGGCGUGGAAAGCGGCGAUGGGGUUGAAGUUCAAGGGAAGCACGAAGGAUGAUUCGAUCGCGAUGGCGAAGAUGCUUUUUCCCGAGAUCGCCGGCGAGCUGAAGCGGAAGAAGGAUCACGGGAGAGCCGAGUCGUUGCUCAUCGCCGCGUACGGGCACGUCGCAGACGGGGGCGCGGCGGCGAAAGAGGAAGACGAACUGUGUUCUCGCGUA